AUGGGUGGCUUUCCCUCUUCACCACAAGAUCCCGGGGUAAUCAUUCAGCUCAAGCACAAACCAAACAAAGAUAGAGAAGAAAUUCAACACUCAGACUGGGGUAAGAAGUUUACCGUCAAAAGAACUAUUGAACCUACUGGAUCUGACUUCCUAAGGUAUACUUAUACUCUGGCUUCUCAUGGAGAAAAGUUCGAAGUAAAGGAGAUCCAAGAUGAUCAUGAUACUCCUAUUCCUGACUCCAGUGGAAACAAUGUGACCUCAGUUGAAGCUUAUUACUGGAGGUAUGAAAACCCCUCUGGAGAAACACCUACUAAGGUUCUUUUGAUAGGAGUGAUAAAGAACACGAGUGAGUACUCUUAUUAUGGCAGGGACAAUGAUAAUGGUAAUCGCUGGAAUCUUACUUCUAAACUCACAGGUGAAUCCUUGGAGAUCAAACUUGACGACUUUAACUGCUACAAUAAUAAUGCUGUAACUAUAAACCUUACCAAGAGUGUACCUAAGAAUCAUGUCAAAGAUAAUAAAUAUUGUUGUGGUGCUAAUCAUGGUCGUAAAAGAGUCUCCGUUACUAGCAAUAAAGUUUCUUGUAAAACACAUGGUUGUUCUACUUCAUACUUCAAACAUGAAUUUACUUCUGAUCGUACUUCAAAACUUGCAGCUAUUAAGUACCAUACUUAUCCCAGUAGAAGGAAGAGAGUGAAUAUUCCUGACCUUAACUUACCUACCAACCAGUCAGUAAAAGUUACAAUUUAUGCCUUUUAUUGUUCUAAGAAUAAUCCAGCUCUCAUUUAUGUAGAGUCAACUGGGACAAAACCUAAUGUUACCGGUUGGUACAAAAAGAACGGUAGUAAAAGUGAGAAUGAAGACUGGAUAAGAGUAGAUCUCAACACAACACCAGGAGAUUUAGAGAAUAAGGAGCUUGACUGUAGUAAUAACAAAAAUUUUAAAGAACUUGCAAAAACUCUAAGAGGACUUGGAUGUAAAGGCUUGGAGGAUUGUACUCGUGAUCCAGAACAUCCCGGACAGAAUGGAGUUCAACGUGAAGAGGUUCCAGCAGCUGACUUAUCUGACCAGGUUCCUGAUACAGAGUCUGAGACUAAGAUUCUCCUACAAGGAACUCCUGUGGCUCAAAUGGCUGAAGAUGGAGUAAUCAUUAACCUUGGUGUAAAGCCAGAGAAAAAUGGAGAUCCUCAUACAACUGGUAAACAGAUCAAGGUUACAAGAUCCGAAAGGUACUCUGGCUUCCACAAAUACACUCAUCAGAAGCCUUAUGGAGGGAACUUUACACUAAAGGAGAUUAAAGACGAUGAUCAGAGUGUUAUUACUACGGAGUUUAGUGGGAAAAAGGUAACCUCCGUUGCUGCCUAUUACUGGAUUGGCAAUACUGAUAGUGCUCUCCUUCUAGAAAUUACAAGUGAUAGUACAACUACUUACUAUAGCAAAAAUGCUAAUGGUGGUGAGACUCAAUGGUAUCUAUUUUAUGGAGAUUCUCGACCUCCACUCAAAGAUGAACCCCUAGAAAAGGUGUUGGACAACCUCAACUGUUCACUCAACAAUGCAGUUACAAUAGAUUUAUCUUAUGAAAAAUCCACAGGAGAAAGCUACUGUUGUGGUAAAGACCAUAAAGAGAGGGAUAAGCAAAAAGUUACUGUUACUCCUGUACCGGUUUCCUGUAAUCAUCCGGGUCACAUCUCAAUUCCCAUUAUAUCCUAUAAACACUCCAUUGAUCCUUCUAAAGUUGGACUUGCUAAGAUUAAGUACUAUAUUAGUAAUUCAAAUGGUGAAGAGAUAAAAUCUCAUUCGUUAACCUUUCCCACCCAGGAACCAGUUAGUGUCUACGUUUUCUAUUGCAAAGAUAAUAGUCCAGUUCUUAUAUAUUUAGAGUCUACCGGAGAAGACGAUGCUAAAGGAUGGUAUAAAAGGAAUGGUAGUAAUGGCAAUGAAGAGUGGACACAGGUCACUAGUCUCAAAAAGAAUAUAACACCAAGGAAUCUUAAUGCCACUACAGACCAUAAGCAAUUUAACAACCUUGUGAGGGCACUAAAAGAGGCUAAAUGUAACCACUAUCCGUUUUGUACUGCAUUUCUUCCUGGACCUAUAGUUGGUGCUACUAAAUACUUAUCUGGACAACAAGGUGAACACGCUCCUCUCGGAUUUAUAGGUGGUUCUAGAUUAGGUCAUGGACUAGAAGGUGAACAAUCUCUUAUUAUUACUACUACUGAAGAAUCCGCUUCUACUGACAACUCUUCUAAAUGGAUUAAGAUUGGAUCUGGAGCCGGUGGUACUCUUACUACUGUCGGUGGAGCGGCUGGUGCAGGAUGGCACGUCUAUACUAACUAUUUCCUUGACGCUUUGGUACGCUUGGUCUAA